AUGGCUGAACAGACUCCCCGCAUCAACGCCUCCUACCUAGAGCAAUUCACCCACCGCACAGUCCGCAUCUUGGGCAAAGUCACACAACUCAGAGGCGAGGAAGCCACCAUCGAUGCUGGUGGUCAGAUCAACGUACAUCUGAACAGGGAGUCACACCUCACCGUCAACCAUGCCGUCGAGGUCAUCGGCAAGGUGCAAGGAGACUUGAGUGUCCGCGUUCUUACCAGCACAGACUUUGGCGAGAACAUUGACUUCUCACUCGCAGAGGCAGUGGUCGACGCAACACACCGCCACAGCGAAAUCUUCUAUUCGAAAGAGUAA